AUGCGUCUUACAGAGUCCGCGUCCUCGAACCGUCGUAGAUUCGAGGAGGAUAACGUUCACCGACACCGACACCGACACCGCCGUUCGACAAUAAUAAACAGGAUCGUCAUGGAUAUCUCAGUGCUCUUACUUUACGCGACGACGUUGCUCGGUAUCGUAACCAGCGACAAGUGCGCCGACAAGUGUUCCUGCAAGUGGAAGAGCGGGAAGCGUACGGUCGAGUGUGUAAAUCGUGCCCUGACCAGCAUACCGGAGUGGGUCGAUCCCGAGACGCAAGUGUUGGACGCAAGUGGUAACGACAUACGGACCCUGCCGAGCAACAUCUUCGUACGCGUACGCUUGACGAAUCUACAACGUCUUUACCUACGCGAGUGCCGUAUCGACCGAAUCGAUAGCGAGGCACUGGCGGGCCUUACGAACCUGGUGGAGCUCGAUUUAAGUCACAACCUAUUAACCAUAGUCCCGGUCGGCAGUUUCUCGGACACCGUGUUCCUCAGAGACCUCGUGCUUUCGAACAAUCCGGUCAGGAGGAUUCACUCGUUCGCCUUCAAGAAUACGCCGAACCUGGUGAAGCUCGAUCUCUCGUACACGCAGCUGGUGGAGAUCGAGACGAAAGGUUUCCGCGGCUUGGAUCUUCUGGAGAGCUUGAAGCUGAACAACAAUCAGCUGUCGACGCUGCAUCCGGGCACCUUCGAACCCCUGAACAAACUCACCAACAUAGAGCUGCACGAGAAUCCGUGGAUCUGCGACUGUCAUCUGCGCGAGAUGAAGAUGUGGCUGGUGAAGCACAAUCUGCCUACCCUACAAGCGCCCCAGUGUCACGGGCCGAAGCAGUUGCUGAAUCGAACGUUCACCGACCUGGCUGUCGACGACUUCGCCUGUCGUCCGAUCCUCCAGAUAGCCAGCCGAUACGCCGAGGCGACGAUAGGCGAGAACGCCAGUAUCGUGUGUCGAGUGACCGCGAUACCGCCAGCUAAGGUGCAGUGGUAUUGGAACGGACGUUUGCUGACCAAUCACUCGGCGUUCAGUAGCUACCAGAAGAUCCUGAUCUACGAGGAGGGUCAGUUCCGUAAACGGAGCACCCUGGUGCUGACUAACGCCCAGGAGGCGGACUCGAGCGAGUUCUAUUGCGUGGCGGAGAACCGCGCGGGCAGCGUCGAGGCAAACUUCACCCUUCACGUGUCGCUGAGGACCGCCGGCAUGUCGACGCUCGGUUCCGGUCAGAUCGCGGGGAUAUCCGCGGCGCUGGUCGUCCUGAUACUCUUCAUACUCCUGAUCAUCCUCGUGCUGUUCAUACGUUUGAGAAGGAUGCCGUUAAAGGACGUGAAAUCAACGGUGCCCGCCGAGGGCGUAUCGGGUGACGGGAACAACGCCGCCAACAACGAGAACCCGACGUCCGCGGCGUCGACCGGUCGGAAGAAGCACGAGGAGAUCGAGACGACGUCGUUCGGGGCGGAAUCGAAACCGCCGGUGUCCUUGAGCCUGAGUUACGUUCAGAGGCCGCAGCCGGCGUCGCUGCAGAUGGAGCACGAGUACGGUUCGUCGAUCGGCCGUUUCGACGAUCAGAGCCAGCAACAGCCGUCGGUGAUGGUGGCGCCGGGCGCCUGUUUCUCCUCGACCGCGACGCUGAUGCCGAUCGACAAUCCCGAUCUGAUCAGGGACACGAGACGCGGUUCCGCGGAGGACAUCACGCCGUACGGCGGCGCCGAUUACAGCCGGAUGGAGAUGGUGGACGACGCGAAGAUCCUUUACUCGAGUUGCAUGUGGGAGACGAGGGACGCGUGCAGGACGUCGGUGUCGGUUAGCACGUACCCCUCGAAGGAGGCGUUGGCCGUGGUGGCGCCGAUGGCCGAGCAAUUCCCGCCCGGCGCCAAGCAGAUAAGAGUUUGGCAGAAGGGUCUGCCGGUCCUGCCACCGGUGUCCGCGUUGAAGCGUGUCCUCGGCUCGACGCGCAGUUCCCCCGACGAGGGCUACCAGGAAGGGACAGGGACCGACGUCUAG